AUGGUGAAAAAGAAACAAAAGAGAAAGCAACCAAUAACAGCAAAAACAAUUUCUGGAAAUGCAAAAUUUAAACAUUCUCGAGUAGAAACAGCUCGACUUAUACGGAGGUUUCAUGUUCUUAACAAGGAACUAGCCAAAUGUCGAUCAUCAACAGAACCUGAUUGCAUCAAAAAAGAACAAGCCAUUUUAUCAGAAAUGGAAGCAAUGGGAGGAUUGGAUUGGUAUCAGAAAGCAUCACAAUUAGGACAAAGUAAAGCAAGAGGUGGGGAUUCCUCUAAAUGGCUAAUUCAAACGUUAAAAACAUAUUGUAAAGAAGAACAGCAACAGGUCUUAAAGGAUCAUCAAUUUAUUCGAGUAUUAGACGUUGGAGCAGUUGCACCAGAUAAUUAUAAAUCGUAUACAUCUUGGAUCAAAGCGAAACCAAUUGAUUUAAAUCCUCAGCAUCCUGAUAUUGAGCAGCAGGAUUUCUUAAGAAUGAAGCCACCUUCUGAUGAUGGUGAUAAAUUUGAUAUUAUUUCUUUAAGUUUAGUUAUUAACUUUGUAGGAGACCCAAAAGACAGAGGACAAAUGCUGAUUCAUACCCGUAAUUUCUUAUCUUCACCUAUUCUUUGUAAAAAUCGUCUGCAUUAUUUAUUCUUGGUCGUUCCUCUUCCCUGCAUUACUAAUUCAAGAUACAUGACUCAUGAACAUUUACUAUCGAUGAUGACAUCAAUAGGAUAUACAAAAUGUAUUCAUUAUCAUUUUUCGAACAAACUUGCUUAUUAUUUAUUUGAAUUAACCAAACUAUCAAAGAUCAAUACUGUAUGGAAAAAACGAGUUCUUCCUGGUAAAGAAGGUGGUGGACGUAACAAUUUCGCCGUUGUAAUAGAGAAAUAAUAGAAGACAUCAUAGAUUAUAUAUAUAUAUAUAUGCCAACCAUUUUACUUUGAAGGCAAAGAGGUUUCAAAUAGCUCAAUCAUUUUUUUUUUUUUUUUUUUUUGUUU